UCAACCCAUCUCCAUCGAUCUCCUCCUCCGAGAGCGCGACACGCUCCCCCCGCCAAGCAAAGAAUGGCGGCAUUCCUCCCCGUCGUCGUCCUCCUGUCCCUCCUCGCCACCGGCGCCACGGCCGGCGGCUACUACGGCAGUCAGACUACCUCUAGCCCUUCGGCGCCAUCAGCGCCGACGCCGCCCACGCCGGCGCCGGCGGCGCACGGCUACGACGACGACAAGAAGCUGGUGGUGGUGCACGUGGAGGGCGUGGUGCUGUGCCAGAGCUGCGAGAAGAAGGGCUCGCAGAGCCUCGACGGCGCGACGCCGCUGCCGAGGGCCAACGUGACGGUCACCUGCCGCGACAGGAAGAACUGCGUCAUGGCGUACCGGCAGCGCGCCGCCGACGACAACGGCUACUUCCACGCCGAGUUCGGCGUCCAGCGCGCCGACUACUACCUGGACAAGGAUCCCCUCGAGGCCUGCUUCGUGCGCCUGCUCUCGUCGCCCGACGCCAAGUGCAACGUCGUCACCGACAUCAACGGCGGCAUGCUGGGCGCGCCGGUCCGCGGCGAGGGCAAGCAGUGGACCGACCACCGCGGCUUCAAGAACGUCGUCUACGCCGCCGGCCCGCUCGCGUUCACGCCGGAGAAGUGCGAGCCCACGCACCACUACUGAGCGCACGCACUAGUGUGUCACGGGCCAUGAUGAGCAAACGUGUACGUGUGCUCUGGUGAUAAGAGAGGAAGUGAUUCAGGUUUUGUUUCGGAGUAUGAAUGAUUUCGAUUUCUUUUUUGUUCCCCCUGUUUUUUGGGUGUUGAAUUUGUUGUUUGCAGUGUGGCAUUCUCUGUAAGCUAAUUUUCCAGUUAUGAACAAAUACCCAGCUCUAGAUUUCAAUGUAAAUAAAAAAAAUGAAGGCUCUGUCCUUGGGAAACUGAA